AUGUCCAACGCUACAAAUAAUACUUUAGGCAGUCUUUUGCCACAGAUGGAAGCAGCAGCAAAUAGUGAUUCCCUUUAUGGCGAUAUGGUACCGAACCUUCGUUUUAAUGUUACAAUGAUUGUCAUUUGGGGUAUACUGCUAGGAAUACAGGUCAUACAAGUUAUCAUGCGCCAAUACUGGUUCACGGUGGCCUUUAUAUGUACAGGUAUUUUGGAAGUGAUAGGCUACGUAGGAAGAACGUGUUCACAUUACAACGUUGCUUCCUUGGAUCCUUUCCUUUUGAACAUGAUUUGUUUGACCAUUGCGCCCGUUUUUACCAUGGGUGGCAUUUACUAUCAACUGGCAAAGCUUAUAGAAGUGUACGGGCACCGGUUCUCGUUAUUGCCUUCUCCAAUGGCUUAUUCAUUUAUUUUCAUCUGUUCAGAUAUCAUCUCUCUGGUGGUCCAAGCUGUCGGCGGUGGUCUUUGUGGUGUGGCAGUUGUAGAUGGCGACUCCCUAAAAACUGGUAAUAAUGUUUUCAUUGCUGGUUUAGCUAUUCAAGUCGCAUCAAUGGCCAUAUUCAUCGUACUUUGGGGCCAUUUCCUUUUCCGCAUAUAUAUAUCAGUAAGAUGGGAGCAUCUUAAUGCUAAACUCAUCUCAUUCAAACUCUUAAAGAUACCCCAAAAGGAUGUCGAUUAUUUGUACAGAGAAAAAUACCGUGACUUGAGGCUUGAACCUAAACGUUGGGUUUUCCAUUAUUUCAAUCUGGCGAUGACCGUAUCAGUACUGACCAUUUUUACUCGUUGCUGUUAUCGUUUAGCCGAACUGAUUGUGGGUUGGGAUGGCUACCUAAUAACCCACGAAUGGUACUUCAUUAUCCUGGAUUCCUUGAUGAUGGCCAUCGCUACAGUGACUUUGACAAUUUUCCAUCCGGGAUAUGCCUUCAAAGGUAGAAGCCUUUCCAUUCCAAUCACACCGGGUCACGUUGAUCCUGAAACUCUGCCACAUCCAGAAGACACUGAUGAUAUUUUGGACGGUUCAGAUUCAAAUCAGCUUGAUAUCGAAAAAGAAGAACUCCAAAUAAGUUUGAUGUAUCCAAUUAAUACCUUCAAGCAAAUAAUGUCUAAAGUGGCCAGUCCAUUUUCCUCUAAAAAUAAAAAAACAAAUACAACAGUACCUCAGCAUUCCCAGAUGCCAAUCUAA